AUGGCUCAUGGUACUUAUAAACAAUUUCCCGGGAGAGAAGAAUGUUCCACAUCAACAUAUAUGCCCUAUAAUGACGUGCAUGAAAAUCCUUUCUGCAAUGAAAAUCGAAAAGAUAAAAAUCCUCAGUAUGAGGAACAUCUAACUGAAAAAGAAAAGAAGAAUAAGCAAUGGGAUGCAAUAAUCCUCCAAAUGGCUGACCUAGGUGGAGAUGAAGCUGAAAUGGCAAGGGCAAUGAAAAGACAACCGGAUGAGAUACUCAAGAGGUUGGGGGUGAAAAGGGAACAUCUAUAUUGCACUGAUACAAGUUCGAGUGAGCCAACAGUAGUGGGAGGUAAUAAUAGAGGUUACAAUGCAAACUAUGGUGGUAAUUAUAAUAAUGGAAAUGGGAAUGGUAACAACAAUUGGAAUAAUGGAAAUAACAACAAUAGUAAUAACAGUAAUGGCAAUGGUUAUAAUGGUAACAACAAUUACAAUGGUGGUGGAAAUAAUGGCAAUCAUGGCAAUAAUGGUGGUAAUCAUAAUGGAAGAAACAUAAAUAAUCAAAAUAAUAACAGUCGUCAUAGGCCACCCAUGACCAUUGAGAGAUAUAGGCAGUUAGAUUUCACUGGCAUAGUCGGUCAUCCAAACCACAUAUCAAAUGACUUGAGAAAUGCUAUUCCUAAAUUCAUUGGGAAUGGAACAGAUACUACUGAACAACAUGUUAUGAAUGUUAAAAAUACCAUUGAAGAGUUCAAAAUUCCACAUGAGGAUGUCUUCAUGAAGUUCUUUGUUCAAUCUCUGACGCAAGAUGCUGGGGAAUGGUAUCAAAGUCUACCUGACAGGAGCAUUAGUAGCUGGCAAGAAUUUGUUACUUUAUUUUUGGAGGAGUUUGGUGAUCAUAAUGAUCCCUCAUUUUAUUUUCAUGAAUUGACCAGUAUUAAGAAAAAUCAAAAUGAAUCUGUAUUUGAAUUCAAUAAGAGCAAAACACACUAUGAGAUUUUAUCUCAUAAACCUGCCACACUGCAACAAGCCUAUAAAGCAGCCAGUACAAUAGAAAAUAAUAGAAAGGCUGUUGGAAGAGUGGGAAAAAGGGAAGACCCUAAUUUGUACAAUCCACGGGCCCCUAAAAGGGAUGAUUUUGGUCAAAUCAUGGACAUGCUCAAAGGUUUGAAAGACAAACAGAAUCAGAAUGAGAAGUCUCAGUCAUAUAGAAACAAUAGGCCUACAAAUUUUAAUAGGCCCAGGCUCCAUGACAUGCCAUACAACACAUCUUGGAAGGAUGGUAAGCUAGUUAAGCCAAGCAUAAAUAAAGAAACUCCUGAUCCACUAAAAAUGGCAAAUAAUCUUGUUGAGGAUUUCCCAUGGUGUAAUGUAUGUAAUCUAUCCCAUUCUGAAGAAAAGUGCAUGAUUGCAUUGAGUUCGAAUGAAAAUCAGCCUGAGGAAGAUGAAUAUCAACCCACUAUCAAUGUCUUAUCAUCUGAACCUAUGUGGGGUAAAGAUGAAGAUUCCUCAGAAGGAGAGUAUUAUUCAGAUAUGCAUAAGAUGAGGUACAAUCAACAAUACAGUGUUCAACAAGUCUUCACAGAUGAUGAGGAUGAUAGUGUAGCAUUGAGGAAGUUGUUCCAGAGCAAAGAAACGAAUACACUCUUAAGGAACCUAUCAGAAGAGGAAAAGAGGGCCUUCAUAGUUGCUGCUAUAGCUCAGGCUAAAAGUAACUACUAG